GCCAUGGACAGGCCCCUGGCGCUGCUCCCACUCGCGGCGCUGCUGACACUCUGCAUCACGGCUGGGACCCCCGACGUUUGGAUGCGGGUUGAGAUGGAGGCCGAGAGCCUGUCCUUCACCGUCCACUGUGGCUUCCUGGGGUCUGGAUCGCUCUCCCUGGUGACUGUGAGCUGCGGAAAGUCGGAGACGGCUCAGGGGACCAAGCUGGCCGUGCUGUCCCCCGAGUCGGGCACCUGGCACUGGGACCCUGACUGCCAGGCCCGCUGGGAGACCAGAAGCAGCAUCUCCCUGACCCUGAAGGGAUCGGAGGGCAGAAGCCUUAGCCCCAACACCACCUUCUGCUGCAAGUUUGUCUCCUUCCCCGAGGGCUCCCAAGAGGCCUGUGGGAGCAGCCGGCUCAGCACUGACCCAGGGCUUCCUGCGCCUUCUCCUGCCUCUGGACUGCGGGCAGACCUGGCCGGGAUCUGGGGGGUGACCGGGGCCCUCCUCCUCGGCUGCAUCUACCUCCUCCACCUUCUGUAUCGGCAAAGGCAUCGGUGGGAGCCGCCCGCAGGCCCCGCCACACCCCAACACACUCCCGGGUCCCUCCGAGACCCCCAGCUACUCCACAGCCAGCCCCGGACACCGCAGCAGGUGAGGGCAGCCAGCAGAACCUUCCAGACCUCGUUCCCUCUGCCCUCGGCCAGCCUCAGCACCAAAUCCUGCUUCCCCACAGCCCUGCACGCGGGGCCCUGGGCCCUGCCGCCACCACCUCCACCUGCCACCCGGGCAGCGCUGUACGCCACAGCCCGCGGCAGAUUCGUCUCUGUGGAGAACGGACUCUAUGUUCGGAUGGACGAGACAUCCCUCAUCUCUUUCCUGGACCCGCUGGGGCCCAGAGCCGGGCAUGGAAACCUUGGAGAACUGGCUGGGCAGGUGGUGGCCACACCUGUGCUGGAAAUGUGGGCCACUGACAGCCCUGUGCGGGACGACCCUGCUGGGCACAAGGUCCUCCGGCACCAUGAGGGGCUGCGAGGGGACAGCUGUAACUCCUAG